AUGUCCUUCCACAACUUAAAUACGAAUCCUUCUAGGGAGGAUCGCGACAAUGCUUCGUUCCUCUCUCCUAUCGCAUACGACGACGAUGCUUCGUCUCUUCACUCCCGUAGCGAUCAAGAUACCGAUACCGACGAUGACGAACUUAUCUCGCGGGCGAGAAACAGUAGAGAAUUGCGUGCUCAUGAUCGUAUCGUGUUGAUGGAGGAGGAAGAUAUCGACCGACUUGUUACCGAUUCGCGACAAAAGAAAGAACGGGAGCGUCGUGGCUCAGGACUCGCAGUACCUAAUAUAGGCAAAAUCUUUGGUCGUCGAGGAAGCAGUUCAGGGAAUCGUUCGAUCAACAGCUCCGCCGAAAAUCUUGUGAUUGAGAAGCGAAAAACUCGACGCCAACGGAGACAGAGGAAACGAGAGAAACUUGUGGAGCAUGCUCAACAUGGAGAGGACGGAGAGUUGAUGUAUGAGAUGGAAGAGGGAGGUAUGAAGGAAGGAAGCUCAACUGGCGAGAGCAGCGAGAGGGAUGAUAGUGACGAAUUGGAUCGGCAUCAUCUAAAUAUGAUUGCCGAAGCAAAGGCCCAGCGACGUCGCAGCUGGCGCCGGUGGGUCUUCAUUCACUCCCUGAUCGCCAUAGGCUUCGCGAUCUUAAUUCUAUUAGCCUGGAAGCUAUCCAAGAAUCGCAGGAACAGAUUCACCAAGGCGAACCAGCCCCUGGUCAGCAAUGGAACCGCCCUCUUUGCGCCCACGUCCCUCAUCAUCAGCCUGGAUGGUUUCCGCGCCGACUUCCUCCAACGUGGAUUGACGCCUACCUUAAAUUCGUUCGUUGCUGAGGGAGUGUCGCCGAAAUGGAUGCAUCCUUCUUUUCCAUCAGUCACGUUCCCGAACCAUUACACUCUUGCGACAGGCUUAUAUCCCGAAAGCCAUGGCAUCGUCAGCAACACCUUCUGGGAUCCUGACAUGCAAUCGCAAUUCUACUACACCCAUCCUGGCCAGAGCCUUGACCCAAAAUGGUGGGGAGGAGAGCCAUUCUGGGUCACAGCAGAGAAACAAGGGGUUCGGAGUGCUGUCCAUAUGUGGCCAGGAAGCGAGGCACAUGUCCUCCACACUGAACCAAGCUUGAUGGAUAAGUUCAAUGGCAAAGAAACACUUGAGAACAAGGUUGCCAGAAUCAUGGAGUUUCUUGAUAUGCCCGGCUUUGAGGACAAGACCGUGGACACUGGCAACAUGCGACCACAAUUGAUUGCCGCUUACGUUCCUCAUGUCGAUAGUGAUGGUCAUAAAUUCGGUCCCAACUCCACCGAGAUCCGCCAAACCAUCAGUAACGUGGACAGCAUGCUGAGACAGGUCUUCCAUGGUCUUGAGCAACGCAACUUGACCGACAUUGUCAAUGUGAUUGUCGUCUCCGAUCACGGGAUGGCAACCACAGAUAUCUCAAGACUAAUCCAGCUCGAAGACCUCAUCGAUACUGACAAGAUUGAACAUAUCGAUGGCUGGCCGCUCUACGGCCUUCGUCCCAAGAAUCCCGACGACCUGAAAGGACUCUAUGAUGAGCUCAAGGAGAAGUCAAAGUCAAACCCCAAAUUUGAAGUCUAUCUUCGUGAUGUCGACAUGCCCGAGCGAUAUCACUUCUCCAAGCAUCACCGCAUCGCCCCGUUGUGGGUUAUACCUGAGACAGGAUGGGCCAUUGUCACCAGAGACGAGUUCAAUGUUGAAGAAGGAAAGAAGAAGAAUCUCGUAUAUCAUCCGCGAGGCCUACAUGGUUAUGACCAUGAGCAUCCACUUAUGAGAGCCAUUUUCAUUGCCCGUGGCCCUGCGUUCCCCCACCCAGCGAACAGCCAGAUCGAAGUUUUCCAAAACAUUGAGGUGUACAACAUGUUGUGCGACUCCGUUGGUUUGACGCCCAGCCCCAACAAUGGAACUUUAAGGCUUCCCCUGAAGCCCAUCGGCGUGCACAAGCCCGAAGAUACACCCGAGGAACCUGCCGAUCCUCCGUCCGCCCCCAAGAAGCCGGCGCGCCCAACUUUGCCGGAGAAGCCAAGUCAUCCCGAGCGGCCAACUGUGCCCCAAAAGCCCACCCAGCCUGAACGACCUACGGUUCCAGUUGCCCCUACGCAGUCCGCCAAGGCGACAUUCUCACUCAACAAACCCAUGAAACCAUCAAAGUCGGCUGUCCCCUCUAAGGACAGCGGAGGUAAGGAUGGUGAUAGUGACAGCGACAGCGACGGCGACGGCGACGGCGAUAGUGACAGUGGCGACGAUGACGAUGAGAAAGACCAAGGAAUCUGGGAUUGGUUCACUCACAAAGUGGAGAAAGUCUGGCAUAAAAUCACUGGAGAUGAUGAUUGA